AUGGUGUUCGGCAAUGUCUUCAUCGUCUUCGGCUCCGGCGUCGCUGGAUCCGUUCUCACUGGUGACGCCAAACUUCCUAAACUGGGGGAUGUAUUCUCUGGAGCCGCCAAGUUUGUGAAGAAACAUGGGAAAGAAGGCGGUGACGCAAAGUCUGGCAGCAGCGAUCAGAAUCAGUUGCUAUCUCAGAUCAACAAUCUCAGGGAGCAGAUACACACCCUAGCCACAACACCAAAUACAAUAGUGACACCGGCUGCGAAUUCUGGACCCGGCGUAUAUACUAUAACAGCAGUUGUUGUUGCUGGGGCUAUCGGCUAUGCUUAUAUAAAGUGGAAGGGAUGGAAACUCUCUGAUAUGAUGUUUGUGACAAAGCGUGGUUUAUCUGAUGCUUGCACUGCUGUUGGCAACCAUUUGGAUCAAGUUUCAGACUCUGUCGUUGUCACAAGGAAACAUCUGGCUGGGAGGAUUGAUCGUGUGGAUAUUAGUUUAGAUGAAACCCAGCAGAUUAUUGAAGGCACAAGGGAUGAGGUUGGAAUCAUACAUGGAGAUCUAAGUGCUUUCCAGGAGGAUUUGCAAUCAGUCAAUCUUGUAGUUCGGACUCUGGAAUCCAAGAUGGGGCGUCUUGAAAGCUCUCAGGAUCAAACUGUUGACGGAAUAAAUCACUUAUGUGAGUUCACCCGAAAGAUGGAACCUAGCCAGAAUGCCAAUGUUCGUCAGGUCUCUUCGUCAUCCAUUCCUGCAGUUAUGGAUUCCUCUUCGGAGCGAAUUGUUGGGAGGGCUAGCUGUUUGCCUCGUCUAGCUCUGGAAUCGCCAAUUUCCUCACCUGUAGCUGAAUCGCCUAGAGCAGAGACAUCCCUGCAGGCUUCACCUGCGGCCAAACGGCCUGAGACGACAUCGCAGGAGCAGGAAGGUGUUAGCCGAACAUGUCGUGCGAGAAACAGGGAAGGAUCAUCUGAGGAGAAGUCAUCCCAUUCGCAUGGGCCAUCAGCAUUAUCGUCGGCUAAAGCAGCUAGCAUGAAGACACAAAACCCAAGCUCGAGCCGAUUGGGGGGCCUCUGGAUGCCUGUGCUUGGCACUUUGCUCAGGGCUUCUGCUUUAAGUUAG